AUGGCCCAUCCUGUCUCCCCACCACUCCGGGAUCUUGGAUCCCCCGCUGCUGCUGCUACCGCCGUCACAAAUGCAUCCGGGCACCCGGCAUACAACGACGACCACCUCCGUCACGACCAAGAAAACAACUCCGGCAGCCAGACAAUCCCAAACAGCACCAACGGCUCGCAUUACGACGUGAGCUUCAAGCCGCGGUCGCUGAGCGUCACAGCCAAUUCGCUGUUCAAGGCCAGCCUGCUCAGCUGCAACAUGUCGUACCGCACCAUCCAGUGUCCAAGCACGCUCAUCUUUGAUGCCAACCCUCAGGACACAAGUGGCACCAGUCCCACUUCAAACCACGCAUCGCUCCCACACUUCCAGAGCUGCAGCCAGAAGCUGCUGCGGGACCUCAUUGUGCGCCGGAGCGCUAGUAUGCACACUUGGCUGUCCAACGACCAGCGCCAGCCCGAGGAACUGCUCGAGAUCCUGUACCCAUCCUCGACCGUCCCCUGGCACCACGAGCUCUCUGACGAUCCGGCCGGCUCGCCUGAGGGCCUGCUGUCGGAUGCUGCUCUGACAGAGGAGCUGCACACGACCUACUCGACAUCGUGCAUCGAGACCACCCUCACGACCUCUAAUCUCCUCAACAGCACGAGCGACUCGGAGCCAUGCAUCAAGGUUCUCUCGUGCGAUGGGAUCAUUGUACUCUCCACUCUGUGCGACGGCUCUGAGAAUCGCCGGCACCCCCCUCCUCCCAAACCAAGCCGAUCCAAGUGCAAGCUGUUUGACUGGCUCGGGAAGUUCAAGAGGCUCUUUCAGAUCCGCCACUCCUCGACGUAAGCCUUCAUCCUCGGGCCUGCCAUGCUUCUGAUACCGU